AUGGGAAAACAAGAUUAUUAUCGACAACAAUCAUAUAAUGAUAUAUUAUAUAGUGAAUAUCAAAAUGAUAAUGAUGAUCAUCUGAUCGAAUUUCAGAUAUUAUUAUUUGAGGAAUUAUUAUGCAAUAUAAGAAAGGUACCUUUCGCUGAUUAUAUCAAUAAUUGUUUAUUAAAUGAUGGAGCAAAAUUUUAUCAUUGUAUAAGAAAAUUACCAAAAACAAUUGAAAAUUAUUUAAAUGUAACCACAAUUAUGAAUGAACAAAUAUCUCAUCAAACAAAAAUCUUUGUGAAUAAUGAAUAUGAACGAUUGGAUAUUGAAUUCUAUUUUCGACAUGAUUAUCCUAAACGAUUAACAAUUACAUUUGAACCUGGCUAUCCUACUGUUGCCUAA